GGCGGCGGCGAACGUCCCCACUUCCCACCUCGCCGCCGGCGACGUCCCCUGCACCGACGCCAUGCUCCGCCUCCGGAGCUGCAUCCUCACCCAUCUCCUCUCUUCGCCCGCCACCCAUCCCGUCCCCUGUCUCCACCGCCUCCUCUCCGCCGCCGCGCCCGCCGUCUCCCCAGGCCCCCGAUUCGCCGUCGAGGACUACCUCGUCGACACCUGCGGCCUCACCCGAGCGCAGGCCCUCAAGGCCUCCACCAAGCUCUCCCACCUCAAGUCGCCCGCCAACCCCGACGCCGUCCUCGCCUUCCUCGCCGGCCUCGGCCUAUCCAGCGCGGACAUCGCUGCACUCGUGGCCCGUGACCCGCAGUUCCUCUGCGCCGGCGUCGAGAGAACCCUGUCGCCCGUCCUCGCUGGGCUCACCGGCCUCGGCCUAUCGCGCUCUGAGAUCACGCGCGUCGCCUCGCUCGCACCACGCAGCUUCCGCUCUAGAUCUGUCGUUUCCGGGCUGGAGUACUACCUCCCCCUCUUUGGCUCCUCCGAGAGCCUUCUCCGGGGGAUCAAGAAAUUCAAGUACUUUCUCAGGUCCGGUCUAGAGAGGGUGGUCAAGCCCAAUAUUGAGUUACUGCGUGAGUGCGGGCUAGGCACUUCCGAUAUUGCGAAGCUCUGCCUCGCUGUGCCAUGGCUGCUCAGCGCCAAGCCGGAGCGCGUCCAGGUGAUGGUGGCGUGCGCGGAACGUCUCGGUGUGCCCCGUGGAUCGGGGAUGUUCAGGCAUGCGUUGAAGGCUGUUGAAUCCCUCAGUGAGGAGAAGCUCGCCGCCAAAGUGGAGUACUUAAGGAACACGUUCAGGUGGUCGGAUGCUGAGGUGGGCAUUGCUCUUUGUAAGGCCCCACUGAUGCUGACCAAAUCCAAUCCGACACUGCAGAGCAAGUCGGAGUUUCUUAUAUCUGAGAUGGGGAUGGAACCGGCGUACCUUGCUCAUCGGCCGGUAAUGCUCUGCUUUAGCCUGGAGGGCCGAGUCAAGCCACGGUGCUAUGUUAUAAAGUUUCUUAAGGCAAAUGGAUUGCUAGAUCGCCAUUGGACCUACUUGACAAUUGUCACGGUGGCUGAGAAGGAAUUUUUGGAGAAGUUCAUAUGCCCUCACAAGGAAGCUGCACCGAACCUUGCUGAAGAUUAUAAUGCCGCAUGCAGAGGGGAAGUGCCAGCUGAUUUCAGAUUUACAUGAACAAACAACCGGCUAUGAGAAUUGGUAACUGCGUAAGGUGCAACAAAAUUCUCACUCUGCGUAGUAAGCUGGUAAAUUUUGGUUCCGUGUUCAUUGCCUAAUUAGAUGUUGGUUGCAUUGAUUCCUGAACCCUGACGAAUUGAUGACUCGUUCGGUAGAGAAGAAAGCAUUGCCUACAAUUUCCUAAGAUAACAUGUCCAGGAUACAUUUGUGUUUCCCACUUCUAUUUAAGAUAAUGGAAAUUGGAUCUGUGGGUGCGCCAAUUUGCUGCUGAAACUUGCACCCUGAGAACCAAAAAACAAAGGAAUUAUCCUGCGUUGCUGUGAUAUGCUUUCAUGCUGAAUUUUAUCUAGCGUGUUCCUUUUUUAGCUGAUUA